GUAAUGACACGAAACCGGAAGCUAUACGCACCACAAAGAAGGAAGUGACCCCGAUCCGCGGGAUGGAAAUCACGAAGAAGUUCGGUGCGGUGCUUCGCUAGCUCCACCACGGUUACGUCGAGGAAAUUCUCAGAUAUUAUUUGCAGCUCCCCCAGAGCGGCGCGGACUCGUCGGCGGGGAUCGUCGACGCUGUCGCUAGCCGCCGCCAAGAUGCCGGCCGCGCUCACGGACGCCAGCCAGAUCAUCUGCGAGGUGUGGGCCAGCAACCUGGAUGACGAAAUGAAGAAGAUCCGGAAGAUCGUCCAGAGCUACAACUACAUCGCUAUGGACACCGAGUUCCCCGGCGUGGUGGUGCGGCCGAUCGGCGAGUUCCGCAGCACGGUGGACUACCAGUACCAGCUGCUGCGCUGCAACGUGGACCUGCUGAAGAUCAUCCAGCUGGGCCUGACCUUCAUGAACGAGGACGGCGACUACCCGCACGGCACCACCACCUGGCAGUUCAACUUCAAGUUCAACCUCACAGAAGACAUGUACUCUCAGGACUCGAUCGACCUUCUGCAGAACUCCGGCCUUCAGUUCAAGAAGCACGAGGAGGAAGGCAUCGACACGCUAUACUUCGCCGAGCUGCUCAUGACGUCGGGCCUGGUGCUGUGCGACAACGUCAAGUGGCUUUCCUUCCAUAGCGGGUACGACUUCGGCUACCUGGUGAAGCUGCUGACGGACGCCAGGCUGCCCGAGGAGGAGCACGACUUCUUCCACAUCCUCAACCUCUUCUUCCCCGCCAUCUACGACGUCAAGUACCUGAUGAAGAGCUGCAAGAACCUCAAGGGCGGCUUACAAGAAGUGGCCGACCAGCUGGAGCUGAAGCGUAUCGGGCGGCAGCAUCAGGCGGGCUCUGACUCGCUGCUCACCGGCAUGGCUUUCUUCAGGAUGAAAGAGCUGUUUUUCGAAGACAACAUCGACGACGCAAAGUAUUGCGGCCGCCUGUACGGCCUGGGCUCGGGCUCCACGCAACCCCAGAACGGCAUCUCCAGCUCGGGCCAGGAGGAGAGCAACAACAAGCACUGACUCCUGGCCUCUCGCUUUUUUUUUUGCACUUGUUUUAAUACCCUUUUAAAUUCAACUUUUUCCCAGACGACCCCCCCCCCCCCCACGUUUCGGGUUCGCUUGUUGUCGUCAGCGAGCGCGGGAUCACAACACCAGCGGCUGUUUUUGUUACCAAGCUGCGCUCGCUCAGUUUUUAAAGUGAACACCGGUAGGCCCCCCCUGCCGACCACAGCCCAUUGUAAAUUUCUAAUGUAUCAUUUUUUCAAAGAAAGGAAAUAAAAAUGUUUUAGAUGUUUUUUUUUUCCAGAUGCUAAAACAUUUUAAAAGCAUGUGUCCGUUUUUUUUUUUUUUUCCGGGGGCCAAACUUCCGUCGGUGUGAAAAUUUUACCAUUGUUUUUACAUGGACUUGUUUUGAACGAUUGUACAUUAAAUUGUUUUGUAUUUUCAA